AGUCCGCAGUCCGCAGUCCGCAGUCCGCAGUCCGCAGUCCGCAGUCCACAGUCUGCGGUCCGAAGUCCGCAGUCCAUAAUUUAUACUGUCUGGUAUGUGCCCUAUGAGACCUGGGAAGUAAUGGCGUCCGUAUCGAAGAGAGCACGUGUCGAUUUUGUCGAUCCAGAAGAUGAAUUGGACUUAAUUUUAAACGAUGAAAACUCACCCAAUGGGAUGUCUAGUGAUGAAGAAAGCGAUUUAGACCGGCAGCUGGAAAACGAGACCGAAGAAUCAAGUGAAGAAGAAGACGAAGAAGUUGAAGAAGAUAAAGAAGUUGAAGAAGAUGAGCAACAAGAAGCUACUCCUGGUUCCCAUGCCCCUUGUCAGUUCCCUGGUGAUGGCGCUGCUGUCCUCAGUGGUCAUGGGGGUCGUGGUGUUCAUGGUGGUCGUAGCAUUAGUGGUGGUCGUAGCAUUAGUGGUAGUUGUAGCAUUCAUGGUGGUUGUGCUCGAGGUCGUGGUGAUCCUGCAGUGGCCACUAAGUCCUAUGGUGACCUAGAUGUUGGAAAUUGCCCCCCUCCAUUCGCCCCGUCACGCCCAGUUGGUAUUCACCUUGGCAGGCCUCUUCUCAGGAAUACUAUGACAAGGGCUGUUGACUUUUUUUAUCUGUUUUUUACAGCAGACAUGAUCGGUAAUAUUUGUGAUCAUACGAAUAGUUACGCUUAUGAGAAAAUCUUUGAGGGAACGCAUCAGACUUAUGCUAAAACUGACGGGAGCUGGCAAGAUGUUACAGCUGAUGAGAUUAAACGACUGAUUGCUUUACUAAUUUAUUUUGGUCUUGUCAGGGUGGGGGUUGGAGAAAAGUAUUGGAGUGUGAAGACCCUCUACCAUGGUCUCUGGGCACGAGCAAUCCUGUCUAAAGUCAGGUUCAAAGCCCUAUUGGCCAUGCUACAUAUUGUGGACCCAGCAACUGAAAAGCCUGGUGAUAAGUUAAGAGAAGUAGAGUCAUUUAUUGAUUAUUUUAAAUCCAGAUGUCUUACUUUAUAUCAACCGAGACAAAAUUUAGCUAUCGAUGAACGCAUGGUUAAGUCUAAGCAUAGGUCUGGUAUACGUCAGUAUAUCAAAGCCAAGCCCAACAAAUACGGAAUCAAACUCUGGGUGCUAGCGGACAGCUCGAAUGGGUAUACCAUAGACUUCAAUGUCUACAUUGGUCAAACAGCAGGGCGGGAUGUUAGUGCAAAUGGACUGGGCUAUGAUGUUGUAAUGAGGCUUAUGUAUCCUUUACUGAAUCAGGGUUACCACUUAUUCGUGGAUAACUUUUAUACUUCUGUGACCCUGUUCAAAGAUUUGUUUUCCCGGGGGGUCCCUGCCACAGGUACCAUCCUGGAGACCAGGAAAGAUUUUCCAGCUAGUCUUAAGAAUAGCAAGGAAUGGGCCAAGGGACGAGAAAGGGGAAGCAUGCAUUGGGAAAGAGAUACCCCCUGCUUAGCAUUGCAGUGGAUAGAUAAUAAAGUAGUUUCAGUCCUAACAACUAUUGAUAAUGCCAAUGAUCAUGUCCAGGUUACCCGAAGAGCUAGGACUGCUGGUGUGUGGAGUACCAAAGUGGUACCGCAGCCCCAGACUAUUAGUAAUUACAAUAAGUACAUGAAUGGAGUUGACCGGUCUGAUCAGAUUAUAGCCACUAAUAAUGUCUUACGCAAGUGUAUGAGCUGGUGGAAAACUUUGUUUUUCCACCUCAUAGAUAUAGCUGUAGUUAAUAGUUUUAUUCUUUUCAAGGAGCACCAGGCGAAGUUUCCAGAUACUGAAGCUCUUCAAAGGUCAGCUGGCUAUUCCUUAAGUAAUUUCCGCGAGGAGAUUGUCAGACAACUCUGUGAUUUACCAGAAUAUGAUCAACCGCCAGUAUACUCCAAUGCAAAACCAGCUCCCUGCCUGGAAGAGUUUGAAACUGUACAUAUUCCAGUUUUCUCUGAUAAAAAGAGAAACUGUGUGGUGUGUUACAAGCAGGGCAGAGGUGAAAAGAAAGUACGUUCUUACUGCAGUGCACCACAGUGUCUUGGGAAGUUUAUGCAUGUUUUGACAGACAGGAAUUGCUUCGCAGAGUUUCACACCAGGGAGUACCAUAGCUGAAUUCGUUGUGUAUAAUAUUGCUAUUAUUGCUGUUCUUGCUAAUUUUUUUACAUCUUGUGUUAUUCUCCAAAAAAAGUAAAAUAAAAAUAGCUCCCCAAAUUAACAUUUUUAUUUCAGUAACAACUUAUAUUACAACUAUUGUGAUUUAAUUUUCGCAUUGGCAGAAGGGCCUGCCAGUGAAUGGCAGCAGUGGAGGAGGGCCAUCGAGGUUUCCUUAGCACUUCCAGACCCAUCCCUAUGCAGACAGAGAUAAGCUAAGCUGCGAGCUGCGAGCUGUCACUGCCGUCACUAGAUGUACUUGCUUCUAGGAAUUUACAAGGUUGUUAUCAUAGUUCGCGUGGCUUCAGCAGGACCGUCGGUGUCAAUUCUUAACGAAUCUCUUUUCAGCUACUGUUUGAGGCGUAACAACCUUGGUUUUGAUGUUUUUUAAAUAUAGGGUGACGAGUUUCUCAAUUCCGUUCCUCUAUGUUGCAUUUUCAUAACGUAAGCUGUGCAAAUAAUUGGAAAUUGCUCCUUGCAAAUACGUGAAAGUGUUACAAAACAAACUGAGAUCACAGAAUGACUAAGAUUUUUGUGGAUAUGAAAAUUGCUAUUACAUACUUCAAUGGCAUCGUGGAUGCCAUUGCUGCAAUGAAUAGUGGACCAUCUGGUCAGUGGUAUAUUCGGUGAACGCACCCGUUGUAACUUUCAACUCGCAACUCGCGAAAUAGGGAAUCCCAUGCCAAACAUUUUUGUUGAUUUUUUUUUUAUUAUAAUUUAUUAUUUUGAUUUUUUUAUCUUCGGUUUUAUUUUUUUUACUUUUAUCGCCUUUACAACUAAAUUAAAGAAAAAUUAAUUUCCAAAUAAAUUACUUACAUAUUAAAUGGCUAACAUACUAACAAUAACAUAAGUAAAUGUAAUUACACUACUGAACACUUACACUAAUUACUAACACUAAAGCUUAGUUCCUUGCCCCCGAGUGGGGGAUAGGGCCGGAGAUCAAUGCUCGCCAUCUGUCCCUAUUCUUGGCCACAGCUGCUGUUGCGGCCACGAUGUAAGUCCCAGCUCAGCGCGUUCCUUCUCCACAGUUCUCCGCCAUGUUUCCCUUGGC